AUGUCUUCCAGGGACAGUAGCCCUGGAGUGGCCCCACUGGAUGUCGAGUGGCCUCUUAAAGCCGAUCUUCGAAAGGACAUCUACAAGCCGUUGCCUAAAAUUAUUCCUGGGGCCGUCAAUACAGAUGAGAUGGCUGGAGAUAUGCCCACCAUUCAAGCCAAGGUCGUCGUAGAUGCUUUUAAGAAUGCCUUACUCAGCAAUGACGUCGAGAAGUUGGUAAACUGUUUCUAUACGGAACAGGCGUACUGGCUAGAUAUCGUGGCCCUCACCAGUCACUUACGAAGCUUUUCGAGGCCUAGCACCAUAUCUGAGGCUUUACUACACAUGAAAUAUCUUCGUGGGGUUGUUGGCAAUAUUGAACUCGCUGGAGAUGCCCAAUUCGCUGUAAUAAGCCCUGUGAUGGUGACGAUAUUCAUUGAUUGUGGAAUAUCAUUCCGCACAACCUCACCUGCGUUGAGCUGCAUGGGCAAAAUGCUAUUGCUACCCGCGAAAAGCAAUGUCGCUGCUGGUUCUACUUCAUGGAAAAUUUGGGCCCCCUUGACUUGGAUCGAGAACAUCGUCCAACAUCCAGAAGAUGAGACGCAGCUAUCGUAUUCCAGUAAGAACCUAGAUAGUUUGGAUACCAUCGAGACCGACGUCCUCAUUAAAGGAUUCACGGAGUCCGCACCGGUUUACCAAGGACGAAGUAACGGAACAUUUGCGUCAAUAUGCUGCGAAUCUGGCCUCAACGUUAUUAUAUCAACGACUAUAAGCUCAAGCUCUUUCAAUACUUUGGAGAAGAAGUGGACUGUUAAGCUUAAGACUAUAGAUGGGAAGCCUGGAAAGACCAUCACAAGCAAGCAUUUCGUCCAAGCUACUGGAAUCGGGUCUCAAAGGCCAAACCUUCCAACGCUAGAAAACGAGCAUAUGUUCAAAGGCCUUAACCUCCACUCUGUCCAUUUUCGUAACGCACAGUCUCUAUCGGAGCAAGGAAUCAAAUCUGUUGUUAUUGUCGGCUCGGCUAAUACUGCAUUCGACAUCAUGCAAGACUGCCAUGCUGCAGGCAUAAAGACGACGAUGGUAGCUCGGUCUCCGUCACCUUGCCUCUCAAGAACCUUAUCAAGUCUCGGCUUCCCAGUCCUUGACAGUAGGGACUCAUCAGUGGAUAUUCAAAAUAUCUUAGUCGAGCGUGGUGGUGGGCAUUACGUCGACGUGGGCGGCACCGAUCUCAUUGCUGAAGGCAAAGUCGCCGUACGUGGGCGUGUCGGGCCUAUAGGCUACAUCGAAACUGGACUGCGCCUUUCUGAUAGCAGCGUCCUCGAUACAGAUGCGGUAAUUUGGUGUACGGGAUUCGCUGAUAAAGAUGUUCGUACAAUAGCAUUAGAAAUACUUGGUGAGGCGGAUCCUGAUAUGACAAACAAGACUGAUGUUCUUGGUCCGAAGGAUAUCGUAGCGCGACUAGACGCUACGUGGGGGGUAGACGCGGAGGGAGAAGUUCGUGGGGUAUGGAAACGUCACUUACGUAUGGAGAAUUACUGGGUAAUGGGGGACGUUAUCCAACAGCAGCGCUGGUGGUCUCGACCGAUGACCCAGCAGAUCAAAUCGGCUUUAGAAGGGCAUUUACCAUCCGCUUACCGGGAUACGCCGGAGCCGAAUCGAAUUGAAAGGGCGAGGAAAGCAAGCAUCGAGCACCUAUGAAACCAUCAAAGCGAGAUAUACGCCCGCCAGUUACUAAACAUAACCUGGGUACCUAGGUUAGUAGGUACCCAGGUUUCGCAAAUAAUGGUUCAUGCAUGCGGAGUGUUUCUUCGCACAGCGGCAUUAAAUUAAUGGCCGACUACAUGUUUUUACGGCUGUUGCUGCUGUAAGAAUAUAGCCAAUAGGAGCUCACCGUAUACGCCGAUCGAGACAUCAGGAUCCAAC